AUGAAGCAAAACGCCAUUCGCACAAUCUUCUUCCUUGUCUGCUGCCUUCUCGUUGUGUUGUCACCUUCACUCGCUGCUACAGUCAAACGCGCUGACGGUGACAUUGGAUAUGCCGAAUUUAGAGCAACUGGCGAUCGUCCUGUAUCUGGAGCCGUCACAUUUUACCAAUCUGGCGCAGACAUUAUCAUUUACGGACAAUUUAAUACUGGAAUUAUCGUGGGUUUCCCCCCCUGCACACUGAAAGUUAAAAGCAACCCUGAAGUCAGCUUGACAGCACUCAUCCCCGCUGGGACUAAAAACCAACCCUUUAGAUUCACUCUUAAGGGAAAGAGUCUUCAAUCUUUCAAGGGCGCAAAACUCGUUCUCAAAUGUGAUGGUGGAUUAAAGGUUGGCAGUACAGUCAUCACAGUCAUCCCAUAG